AAAAUCUCUCUCAUAGUUUCUGGUGAUAAUUUAUUUCUGGUCUCCAUCUCCUGCUUUUUAAGUUAAAAUGAGCGUGACAAUGGUGCAUGGCUGGGUGACAGCAGCAAAAUCGGUUUUGGAUUUUUCAUCUUGACUUUUGAUGGAAUGGGUUUAUUUUUUUGCCAGAGAGGACCUCAGUUGUUCCUUUUUUUCAAUAUGCUCGACCUAAAUAAAUAUCCGCAGAUACUGUCUGUGUGAUGCCUCAUCCAGUCCACCUUUUUUCCUCCUUUCAGGCAUCUUUAAUUGAUGGAGAUCAUCCUCGGUGAGCUCUGACCACGCCGUCCUCCCGCUCAACAUCACCGCUCUUAUUGGAUGCUUUUUUUAUUCAUUAUUCUUCCUGCCAUCUAAGCUGGUUCAAGGACUCCCCUCUACUAUAUUUAUAUAUUUUUGUUGUGGAGACAAUGCCGGUGAACGCGCUGCCCCGAGGCGGCAGCAGCGGCCCCGGAUCCCUGAGUCCCGCGUCGUUGUCCCGCAGUCUGUCCCGCCUGAGGGAGUACCGCACGCGGACCAGGAUCAUGCUGGCUCUGGGAGUCUCUCAGAUGGUCCUGGGGAGUCUCAUCCUGGCGGUCAGCUUCGCGGCUCUGGCUCUAACUACGUCGCCCAGAGUGAGGCACUCAUGUCCCUUCUGGGCAGGUUUUUCUGUUUUGCUCUCUGGACUCAUCGGAGUGGUGUCAUGGAAGAGGCCGCUCUCCCUUGUGAUCACAUUCUUCAUGCUGCUGUCUGCAGUGUGCGUAAUGCUCAACCUGGCGGGCUCCAUUCUCUCCUGCCAGAACGCUCAGCUCGUUAACUCCCUGGAGGAGUGUAAGCUGUGCGGAUGUGUGGUCACCCCUCCUCUCCCCCAGGUACCAUUCGACAGCGACGGAGUGUGCGUGUGCUGUGAGCAGCAGAAGCAGAGCACCGGCUGUAACAACCAGGUAGAGACGCUGAAACUGAACCCCCUGCGGGACUGCAACACCAUCCGCCUUCGCCUCAAGGAGCUGCUGUUCAGCGUCUGUGCCCUUAACGUCAUCUCCACCAUUGUGUGCGCUCUUGCUACUGCAAUGUGCUGCAUGCAGAUGGUGUCGACUGAUGUACUGCAGAUGUUCAUGCCUCACAGAGCCCGAGCCUUAAACGCUGAGUGUAUGACCCCUCAUGGUACCAUCCUACAUCAGACCCUGGACUUUGAUGAGUUCAUUCCUCCCAUCCCUCCACCUCCAUACUAUCCCCCAGAGUACACCUGCACACCUUCAAUGGACGGACAAAGAGGCCUGCAUUUGGACUUUCCCCACUCCCCUUUCAGCGCCAUCUAUGGAGUGCCAAUAAACAGCCCGGGAACCCUUUAUCCAACUGACCUCCCCCCUCCUUACGAGUCUGUGGUGGGACAGACCCCAGCCAGCCAGGUCACCACCAGUAUCGAGCAACAGGCCACUGGGUCCAGUCUGUGUGACAGAAACACCACAGCAGGAUUCAGCACACAGGCCUCAGUAGACAGUGCCUCGCUGAUGGUGUCAGAGGUGGCUGACCAGGACCAGACCUGUUCCUCAGAGGACUUGUGCUCCCUGGAGGUUCAGGGUUCGGACUUGUCUCCAUUUGGCACACUGCAGACUGCCCCCACUAAUGGAAGCUGCACCAGCCUUGAACUCUGCACUCGCAUUUCUUCCCGUUGUCAUCGUGGCUUGCCAAACACUGAUGCGCGCCCCAGUGACACAGGAUACAGCGAGUCUUCACACACCCAGGACUCAUUGGAACGUUCACCGGAUUGGUCGUCUGAAAACUUCAGUAACCUGGACCAAGAGGAUUCUACAGAGAACACACAUCCCUCUGAGGAACUGAGGAAUGCAAUGCACAUUUGUGACGAGCUGGCCUCAGCCAAACAUUUACCUGAGGAGCCGCCAAAAGCCCAAACACAUUCCUUAAUCAAAGCAAGAAUGAUGAGCAGGAAGCUCACUUUACCUGUAACUAUCCCCCCACCACCGCAGCCUUGUUCCCCCACCUCAGUGGCAUCCUCUGGUGGAACUUCUGCCAUCAGUCCUUUGGCUCCAUCUCUGUCCCCCUCUCCUCCAAUCAGGCCUCGAGGCCCCAGGCUGUGUUUUAGUGUUUGGUCACCAUCCUCUUCAUCACAACCCCCCUCUACCUCAGCCCAGAGUGGCCAGUCACCCUCAGAGAGGCCUAGGGCCCACAGAGCAGCCAAGAGGUACCGCAAACUGGCACACAUUGUCCGCUCCACCAGUGACCCUAUCUCCUGCUCCACCUCAACAGGAAGACAAAACUGUGGCUGCACCACUGGGAGCAAUCAGGUUACCACAGGUUCAGCUCGAACUUCUCCGGAACAGGAGCCAAGAGAUGUUUCAGCAGAAAUAAUCAGAGCAAAGCCCGGUCAAAUAGCUGUUACAAACCAGCAGCAGAAGGACACCAGGAAAGUUGACAUCAACCUUAAACCCAGCCUUCUUCACAUGCACCCCUCCAAUGAGCGUCCACACUCAUUGGCUGACCUAAAGAUGUACAAAGACACAAAAAUAUUAGUGGCCAAAUUCCUGGAGCACUCCAGCAGCAGUAGUCUACCUCCAGACGUCCAGCAGGUUGUCAACAGCAUCAAAUGCGUGAUCAAGUCGGACGAGAAACACAUGGAAGAGGCUAUCUUCAGUGCCAAUGUCAUAGAUCAGGUAAUGACCCAGUGUAUCAUCAGCAGUCCCAGAAAACGGGACCAUGAGGAUAUCCAUCUGCAAAGCUGCGGUGCUUUGAGCUCCUCUCCAUCUCCCUCUAUGUGCCGAUCGAAACCUCACCCACAGAAAACCAGCUCCACAAGCGACCCACAGGGCUCCCCCCCCUCUGAACAAAGCAUUGAGUGCAGAGAGACUAUUCUCUGACCACUUGAGUAAAGACUCUGGGGGCGUUCUGGUGUGCGGAUGUUGAUGCUUUGAGCAAAGGAUGUCUGUAGAGUCAUUAAUACCUCUCCAGACAUCAUGGGAUCAUUGUUUUGCUCAGUGUGGCUGCAUUACAAAGCAUAUGAAAUGCUCCCAUACUGCUAGUAGUGCCCUGUGAGACCUUGCCAAGUCAUCAGCAAAAAUGGUAGCAAACUCUGUUGAGCCUGCCAGUGUCUAGUGGCUUCUUUCUCAUCCGAAACAAACACAAGAAUGUUUCUUCUCCAUCAGGGGAACCCUUUUUUUUUACUGAAUUUCAUCUCCUUUAUAAAAACAAACUAAUAACCCCUGCCUGGAUCUGUGAUGGAGAUGCUGAGAAUUUUUUGCUAUCUGUAUUCCUCUUGUUCUCAUGAGAAACAAAGAUAAAUAUUGCUUGUAUUAAACUGUGAACUAAACUGAUGGGAUGGUCACUGCUGGGAAUUGUUUGCUGACUUGUGGAAAUGUUUCUUGAUAAGGUGGUGAAUAUUUUGUGGUUCGGAAACAUCACAAAUGUGGAUUAUUUAACUUACCUCAUUGUGUUACAAUUCUUAUCAGUGUUCAAAUAAAAUAUGCAUUUUUAGUUUCG